AUGUCAGAGCCGGAUGCGCGGACCACCAUUAUGGGUUCUUCUGUCUUCCAGUUCAGAGUCGACUACAUUCAAAGCAAGCAGCUUCCCAUCGGGGAGGCCGUCCACUCCGACGUCGUCUCGGCCGGGGGACACCUCUGGAGGAUUGAGUUUUACCCGCGUGGAGAUACUGCCGAAUACAAUGGCGAGUAUACUUCUGUCUUCCUCAGGCACAUGAGCAAAUCCAGUAGUGCCAAGGCCAUCUUCGAUGCUUUCAUGAUAGAUAGGGACGGCAAACCAUCUACGUCCUUCAAAGAUAGAAGGACGUUCAAAACCUUCAAAAUCAUGGGAGUUGGAAAAUCCUGGGGCUGGAAACAGUUCCUCAAGAUAUCUACUCUGAAGAAAAAUUUCUUAACAGAAGGACACGUGACAUUUGUAUGCGUCAUCAUGGUCAUCGAUGACAGUCCUAUUCCCGUGCCCCCUUCAGACAUUGGGACACAUCUUGGCCAGCUGCUAGAUCACACUGAUGGGACAGAUGUGUCAUUCAUCGUCAACGACAAGACAUUCCCUGCUCACAGAGCAGUGCUUGCUGCCCGCUCACCGGUCUUCAGAGCAGAGCUGUUUGGUUCCAUGGCUGAGGCUACAAUGUCGUCCAUCACGCUGCAUGACAUCACACCUGCAACAUUCAAAGUUAUGCUUCGGUUCAUUUACACGGAUGAAUUGCCUGUAGAAGACGAGCAUCUGGACUCUUCCAUUGAGAUGAUUCAGAAUUUACUCGCUGCCGCUGAUCGGUAUGCACUUGACAGACUGAAGUUUAUUUGUGCCCAGAAGUUAUGGGAUAAAGUGACGAUAGGUACAGUUGCAACUAUCUUAGCAUGUGCUGAAACCUACAACUGUCACGAGCUGAAGAACAGGUGCAUAGACUUCUUUGUGCUCGAAGAAAAUUUCAAGGAGGCUAUAUUCACUGAUGGUUAUGCAUCCGUUUUAAAAUUCCCAUCGAUCGUUGCUGAGCUCAAAAAGAGGGUUAGGGAUUAA